ACUUUACCUUAGCAGCAGGCUAGACCGCUCGGGUGUCGGUUUCGUAAAAUUCUUGUCGUAGUGCUUUCUUCCGAAACUGUCAGUGCGGUUAAAAAGUGUUCAAAUUUUCGUAUGUUGUUUUGGUUUUUUCUUUAAGUUGUUUUGUGUUUAUAUUUGUGCGACAUCAAACGCCUGUCUUGGGAUUAUAUUACGGCUAAUUGCUUGGAUUAUUUAAUAUUUUUGGAACAGGUAUAGUGUGCCGAAUUCAAGAUGUCGCUACGUACCGUUUCUUCACUUUUCCGUCAUCGGAAAACGCCGAACCUUUAAAAGAUGCUCCAGUCGUUGGAAGAGUAUAUAGUAGAAAUGGAAAACCGUAGUGCCAUAGACCAAUCUCGCGCCGCGAACGUCAGCGAAGACGUUUGGACGCAAUUGCACCAAAAAGAGAACGAUUUAGUUUUAGCGGCCGAGUUGGGAAAAGCGCUUUUAGAGAAAAACGAAGAACUGAAGAGACAGCAAGAAUCGCUGGAGGAGGAGUAUUCGAAAAAAUUAGAGUCCGUCGAACAGGACCGUCACAUCCUGCGAAGGAAACUCCAUUCGAAAGAAUCCGAACUCGACGCGCGAAUCAUCGAACUACAAAACGAUAUCUCGGAACUGACGUCGAAGCUCAACGCCAAAGAUAAUCUCCUGAAGCAAUGGGAGCGCGACAAGAGCGGUCUCAUGGCGGAGCUGAGCGCUCAGAACACAAGGUUGACGACGCAGUUGAAGGAGGCGUCUCAGAAGGAGCUGCAACUCAGGAGAGAGCUCGACGAGUAUAAGGAGAGAUUGACUUUGGGGAAGAGUAGUUUGCAGGAGCACAUGAGUAGCGUCACUGGUUUGAGAGACGAACUAGAAUUAACGGCCGAAAAGAAUCAAGAGCUUGAAAGGCGGCUGCAAAUAGCGGCCGGGGAGAGAGAUAAUAUAGCACUAGCUUUAGAAGAAGCGUCAGAUAGAAUAUUAAUGUUGGAAAGGCACGCCAGGGAGCAGGAUAUGAGGUAUCAACAGAGUCUCAAAGAGUAUUCUUUACCCCAGGAGAAGCUAUCCAUCGAAGAAAGGCUGAGUGCUGGUGAAGAAAGAUCUCUCUUAUCAGAAAUGGACAUUUCCGAGCCGACACUAUCCCAGGAGUGCAUGUCAGUGUAUCGACAAUUACGAUCCCUCGUCCAACAACUCAAAUCUCAUUCCGACGAUGAUAGCGGAUUACAUUCGGAUUGCUCUACUACCUCAUUAGACGAUUCAACAAGAUUUGUACCGGGUAUGCUCACCGAAGUGGCUCAGGAAUUGGUGGGUUUAGUUUUAGAUACCGAUGUAGUUAGACUGUUAGAAAGACUGGAGCAAGCGCGACGUGAAAUACAAGAAAGGGACGAGGAACUUGCCAGGAGAUCGGAAAAAAUCAUGAAGCUGAAUACGAAAGCUUCUGUGUGCGAGGUAGAAUUAGCAUCGGCGAUAGAACAACGAGAUAGAGCAAUGCACGACGCCUCGGACACGUCGUUAGCUCAAGACGAAGUAGUGAUAAAGGCUCGCGAAGACAGAGACAUUGCUGUCCAAAGGAGGAUAAAAGUUGAAGUGGAGCUUGCCAAAACUAGAGUAGAACUUAUGCAGGCCAACAGCCAAUUGCUUGAAACGGUUCAACAAAAGGUCGAACUCAGUCAACAACUCGAGCAGUGGCAGAUGGAUAUGCAUGAACUCUUAGAUGAACAACUCAAAAACAAGCUCUCAAACCAGGAGCAUAAAAUGAAGAUCACCAGUGAACCCGUCGUCCCUCCUAGAAGAAGAUAUUUACUUAGGUUUUUCAAUCGAUAGCAUUUUGAUACGAAAACACUAAAAAAUUAAUAGGCAAUAAUAAAGUAAUAUUUUAGUUGUAAUGUGAAUAUAUCUUCUUUUUUUAUUAAUUAUACCAAAUUGUUUUAAUAUAUUUUUUCUAUUUUGAAGUAAUUUUAACAUACAAAAAGAGCCAGUAAUUGUCAGGAAAUAUGUGAAGUGAAACAAAAUGUGAAUAGGUAAAAACAAAUAUUAAAAAAAAAAAGACAUAUCGAAAAUGGCAGAUAAUCAAAAAUUAUAAAAUUGUGCCUUAACGUGUGCCUGUAAAAUUAAAUGUUUUUACAUUUUGGAGAAAAUAUUACAAAAACAACUGACAGCUACUGAUUUCUUCCAAAAGUGAAAUCUAGAGAUUGAAAGAUAGUGUUUGGAACGUGGAAAAUAUAGAAAUUUAAUAAACAUCAAAAAUUUAACACUAUCUAUAUGAAUCCUUUGAUUUCAUUUGGGUAUUUUCUGCUCACUGACCAAAAGUUUGUAGAUAUACAGGGUAUUCCGGUAUUUUUAGAACGUUUUUAAUAUUAAUAAUGAAUUUGAAAUACCAGUGCUGGUUAAAGAAUGAUUUGUAAAAACUAAAUUAUGUCAUUAUGUGAUAAAAAAAACGAAAAUAACACCAUAUUUAUCUUGAAUCAGCCCUGGUAUUUUAAAUGUUGUUCUUCAAAUCUAUAAUGGAAACUUUAAUACCGCCGCCCUUGAAUAUUUUUCCAGAGCAGCUGUACCUCAUAGAUUUUUAAUUCUGUAUUUUUUUUUUGGAAAAGUUAAUGAAUUUUUAUAUAUUGCAUUUAUAUUACCACGAAACUAAGAAUAUAUAGAAAGAUAAAAAACGAUUGUCUUUCAAGUCUUGAUAUAUAUCUACUAUUAUUAAUCAUCUACGUCUGGGAUACAUUUUUUAACCUACCAAAAAUCCUAAUUUAGGUUUUAAUAAUUUUGUAAAUACAAAACCUAAUCAAAAGGGUAAAUUAAAGUGAUCUUUAUUGCGUUUAUAUUUUUAAUUUAAAUUAAUUCAUUAACUUUAUCCGGCUUUUUUUAAUUUUAAUUAACCUAAAAACUGUGAUUUUAAUAUGAAAGGCUAUACACCUGCACUUAUUUAAUAUAAAACUGUACAAUAUUUUAUUGAAUAAAAAUACAUUAAUUCUGUUU